AUGGAUGUGACCAUGAAGGCUAUUCAACUGCGAUGCCCUGGACCAUGGGGAGGAUGUGGUGGAGAAGUUUGGGACGACGGAGUUUUUUCUAAUGUCAAACAAGUGCGUGUUUGUUUGGACUCAUUUAACUCAGACAUAUGUGGAUUGCAAGUUACAUAUGAAAAGAAAAACAGAACAUCAUUUAGGUCACAACUCCACGACGGCCCUGGUCAUCAUGUUGUAUCGCAUCACACAUUAAGUUUUGAGAUAAAUGGUCACGAAAAUGAGUUCUUGAUUGCUGUGGAAGUUUUUAUAGUCCAAUCGAAGCAGCAGGUUACUAUUGAGAAUGCUCCCCGGGAAUAUUUGAUAGGCAUUAACGGCACAUUAGGACAUUAUGCCGGCAAUUUGGUUGUAAAAUCUCUUUGUUUUACAACUAAUUUAAAGACUUAUGCACCAUUUGGAACCAAGGCUAGUGAUGGAACUAAAUUUUCACUUGUUAUGAAAGAAGGUGGUGCAAUUGUGGGUUUCCACGGGCGUUCUAGUUGGUACCUUGAUGCCAUUGGUGUUUAUUUGCAGCAAGUUACUACAUUCACUCAAGUUGAAAAAGUUGUGCCAAAGAAACCUAAAAUUGAAGAAACUGCUGAAUUCCAUGACGCUAAUUCUGGUUGCUGGUUGAAUGAAGUUCAAAACAUCGGUGUGAUGAUUACUCUUGUGCCGCGAAGCGCUGGACCUUGGGGAGGAUGUAGUGGAAAACCAUGGGAUGACGGAGUAUUUACUACUAUCACGCGAGUGAUCCUUCAUGUGGACACAUGUUUUUCAGCCAUAACCGGACUGGAAGUUCAUUAUGUAAAAGAAAAAGCAUCGCGUAGGUCACAUCGUGGUGAUAGAGUUGGGAGCGACGGAAUUAUAAUAAACAUUGAUGGUGAAAAUGAGUUCUUGAUUGGAGUUGAUGGAUUUUAUGGUCCGGCUAUGGUUGAGAAUUUUGGUGGGAGCACAGACGCAAUAAAACAGAUAACAUUUUAUACAAACAAGAGAAAAUUUGGCCCCUACGGACGUGAUAUUGGAACUUAUUUUAGGUCUGCAGCAGCAAGAGGAAGGAUUGUUGGUUUUCAUGGCAGAAGUGGUGCUUGCUUGUAUGCUAUUGGUGUUCACAUGGAUUAUUUCUAA